AUGCCGAAGCAGCAGCCGCAGUUGAAGCGCCAAGCGUCCGCGAACCCGACAAAAGCUUCCAACAAGGUGGUGGCGCUCAGUUUGGAGCACGCGCUGGAGGUGCUUCUGUCGGGGAAAAAGGUGAAGCGGCUCGAUUUGAGGUACCGGAAGAUCGGGGACGCAGGUGCUGAGCAGCUGGCGGCCGCCCUGGAAGGGAACACCUCGCUGACAAAACUGGAGUUGGACUACAAUGGCAUCACGUCCGCGGGCGUCACCCGCAUCGCCGAGGCGCUGAUCAAGAACGUGACGUUGACCCACCUGUACCUGUGCAACAACGUCAUCGACGAUGAAGGGGCUCUUCAUCUCGCGGCAGCGCUGGAGGAGAAUCGAUCGCUUGUUCAGUUUUAUUUGUCCGGAAACCGGAUCAGCACCGCCGGUGCAGAAGCGAUCUUAAACUGCAUCCGCCGGGCCAGCCUCACCAUCGACCUGGACCUGUCGCUGCAGAAGGUUCCGGAAAGUCUUCAGCGGGAGAUCAGGUUCCCAUCAUGGUUCCGCCCGGACCUCUUCUAG